CCGUCCCCGACCGACCAGCUGCGCGACAAUCCAGUCCCAGACCAUCCAGCCUGUCGCUUCCUGGCCCUGCGCCUCCACUCGAUUCCCAACGAUCUGAAACUAAUCAGCUCGAUCCUGCGACCCCAACACACCCGUCAUUGCAUCACGCCAGCUACCCAGCCAGCUCCAUCACCGACUUCGACAAAUCAACCCAGACACUCACACAACAAAGAGAACAAGGGAAGAAGUGAGAGAGAAAGGAAGAGAGACAGUUAGGCUGGUCCUGCUGUAUACGGCACGCAUAUAUAUCUUGGGAAAUCAAUUCGAUACGAGUAUUCAAGAUGGCGAAUGGAUGGUCCCUCGUCAUCGGCCUCAUCUUCGUGGUGGUUGCUGCCGUCCUAGCAUGGAUCUUUAGUCCCAAGGGAGAGAAUCAGACUGUCUUCCGCAGCACGCUCAUUCUGUCCUUUGCUUGUUGUUAUUUGAUGUGGGCGAUUACGUUCUUGGCGCAGUGGCAUCCGUUGAUUGUGCCGAAGAGGUCGGAUAUUCGGCCUGAUAGGGUGCCUCAGUAAUUCCUUCUGUUUUUUUUUCUUGGUGGUAGGUGGGGGGUGGGGGGAUAGG